GCCAUGUUUUACUCUUAACAGGAAUGAGAGAGUACGGGCAAAAAGUAUGUCAAGAUCGAACCUUUAAAGCCGAGUAAUUGACGACACUUCUCUUCUAUUCAAAAUCAACACUGUGUUUUGUUAUUAUUUACUUUUCAAGUUAUGCACUGAACCCAAGAGGUAUUUAAAUAGCAAACGGAAGUUAUUUAAUCCGCCGUCGUGUGUAACACAGGCCUUUUACCGUACAAAACAUGGAGGAAAACACUUGAAAUAAGGGGGUACUGUGAGAUUGGAAUGCAUAUUAUGGAAAUAAAGUGCAUUCUUUCAAAUGUUUAGACGCAAAAGUUGUAAUUUUUCCUGCCUCUUUCAAUUAGGGAAUAUGUGAGUGAUUUGUGAGUUAACAACAAGUGAACUGAACACGUGAAUGGAACUGAAACAUGUUAAAAACCUGAAUUGUGGUCAGUUCUCUCUGGGAUUAUAAGUGAUUCUGAUUUUACGUUGAACUUAUAUUCAGGGAUUUUUAAAACUGACGACCAGAAAUACAAUUUUAAACACACGAGGAACUAGUUCAGAGUCUUUGUCCGUGACAUCAUCAAUAUGUGUUCAUUUCCUAAUUAAGUCUGUGGAUUUCUCUAAUGCUUCAUCACCAGUCCACCAGCUAGAGAAGUCCGAUUAUUGAACUCACGGAUUUGCACAUGAUAAUCAAGACUUAGAAAAAAAGAAACAGAUGAUCGGGAUCAGAAGAGAGAAACUUUACAGGAAUCGGGCAUGAUGUUCUGAGACGAUACAGAGUUAAGAUGGAGUGAACUUUGGAACAGAAAAAAGAUGACAACAAGUUCCUGGAUUGUAAACUCAUCAACGUCUUUAUUUGACCAUCUUUUCUACAACAAUACAGGACACCGACCUAACGAUGCAUUUCCGGUUAGCCAUUCAUUUUCACUGGAGGAUAUUCCAAAUAACGUUUCGAACGCGACUUCAGGACCGGAAGUUAAUAACAGUGCUCACACAAGCUGGAGUCUCCUAGAAACUAUUGUAUUCGGAACAUGGUUGUCGAUAUCCAUGAUUUUUGCUAUUGUGGGAAAUUUCAUGGUGAUAGCAGUUGUAUGGAGACACAGGGGAAUGCGGACAAGAACAAAUAUGUUUAUAGUGAACUUGGCCAUAGCGGAUUUUUUGAUUGGUAUUCUUUUGGCGCCAUUUUCACUGACAACAUUAAUAGCACAUGACUGGAUUCUUGGAGAUGCAUUGUGUUUCUUAAAUAGUUUUUUAAAUGCCGUCUGCUUUUUGACAUCUUUACAAACGCUGAUGUACAUCAGUAUACACAAGUAUUUAUCUAUCACCCGUCCAUUAAUUCGUAUAACUAAGUGUAAGAUAUUAAUUAUGAUUAUGGCAGCAUGGCUAUGGGGAAUCAUAUGUGCUGCCUUGACAACAUUUAUUCUAAGUCAUUAUGAAUAUAAGGAGAAAACCAUGCAGUGCGGACCGGCUUAUCCCGGAAAUACGAUUCAGUCCAUUAUAUUUCAUUUUAUUAUACAGACAUCGAACCUUUAUCUUCCUUUAGGAAUUAUGUUGUUUUGUUAUAUAAGAAUAUUUCAAGAAAUAAAGGAACAUAUGCAGAGAAUGGAUGAGAAUUCGGCCAUGGACCGGAAACAGAUUUUCUCCCAACAGAGGAGAGUUACCAUUACUCUGUUUAUCGUUUUGGCGUGUUUCGUCGUGUGUUGGUUUCCAUACUGUGUAUAUGCCAAUUACGUCACAUUUGUCGAGGAUAAAAAGACUAUUCCAGCAUGGGCUAAUGCAGUAGCGUACUGCGCAGGCUACAUGAACAGUGCUUGUAAUCCAAUCAUCUACGCCUGGAGAAGCCCUUCCUUUAGGGAGGGAUACAAGGAAAUCCUCUGCCAGGAGCCAUCCUACGUCGUUAGUGACGACAGGAUUGAAGUAUUAUACAAUCAGGAACAUAGCCAACCAUUUAAACGACUAACAGAUACAAUUCAUGAUAGUUCCCCAGGCCCUCGUAGGCGGAUCUCACUUUUUAUCAACUCAAUGAGGGGGUCACAUCGCGGGUCAAGGAUGGGAUCGGACGAUUCUUUAUCUCACCAUUCUUUACAUAGCCUAAAUAAGGUCCAUAAAACUCAGGACUCUUCUACACACAAACUGCUUCGCAAACUAACAGGCAAAACAGCCAAAGGGAGUUCUAUCAUCAAAAGAGAUGGAUCUGUUAUUUUAGUCAAAAAUGGCAAAAUUAUUUCAAUGCGCGAGGAUGUGCGCAGAAGAAACACAUCCGGGGAUUUAGAUGACGUUUUUCUUCCAAGUACAUCUCCUUCCUCUGAAAAAUAUAAAAAUGGAACCCGUCCUCCACUAACAAGACAACCGAAUCUGAAUAUACUUUAUGAAAGUAACUCUGAAAGAGUAGACAUAAGUCAAGUAAAACAAAAUGGGUCUGCUGCUAUGUGUCGCUCUAUAUCGGAGGAGGAUUUGAAAUCCGAUAGAAACUCUCUAGAGAAGUCUAAUGCUAGCGCACCAAAUAUCGAGAUACUUCUGUCAGAGGCCCCUGAUGAUGUUGAAAAACACAAUGGGGACGGUGAGUGUUCACAGUGUCAGAGGCUAUCCACGUUUAAACCUUUAGAAAAUCAUUGUCCACAUGGACUAUUUUUACCCAGUCCACAGACAAUCAGACGAUCACGCAGUGACACGAUACACCAAAGUGAUCAGCAAGAAGAUACAACCCGUCUGUUGUCAAAAAGUGACCAUGACGUGUACAAGUUACCGACCCUGACAUCCCCGUCAUUUGAACGCUUGAAGACGCAUGCGCAUACAAACGGAAACAUAAGUGACAGUGAAAUAAAUGUGAAUAUUCCUCUUUACACUAGAAGGUGGUUAAAAAAUAACAGUGGAAAAGCAAAAAUGUGAUGAAUUCUUCCAUGUACCAGGUUUAAUUAAAUCUGUCAAAUAUAUAACGAAAGGGCUAAGUAAUGUUUGAAUCUUUGGACUAAAUAAAAUGUUAUAUAUGUGAUGUUCCCCCUAAAUUAAGCACUUUGUGUGCUUUUAAAUUUGAGAUACAGUAUUAUUCACUUUGAAAUUAAUGUUAAAGUAGACUAAAUUUUGCAAAAAUUAUUCAGCAUAUAUUUUCCCUUCGAAAUACUUUCAUUGCCUUUCUAUAUACACUGUAUGCACUUAAGAUCUGUUAAGGGUCUCAGAGAAUAAUGGUCAAUUUUUGUUUGUGAUAUUAUGUCUUUCGAAACAUGUACUUAAAUUAUCAUUUAUUCAGUCACAUGCAAUGAUGCAGUUAAUACAACAAGUAUAUUCGCUUACUACCAAAGAUUAAUGCAUGGUGUAAAAGUGUCAUAAUGUGUAUGCUGAAUUAUUAUGGGUUUAUAUAGUGUUCAUAGUUUUAACUUUUACACAAGCUGACUUUUGUUAAUUCUUAAAAUAUUCUUGACCAAGAUGAAACUUAAUGAUUUUAAAGGCAGUCUUCAUUUUAGAAGAAUAUUUUAAAAGUUUAAAUAUAAAUCAAUCUUUGAAUUAAGAAUUGUGUUUAUCUAUGUAUAUAGCUGACACAGUUUUACAUUGUAAACAGAGUCUGUCAGUUUUAUAACAGUGAAGCGUACAGUAUAUUACUUCUGUUGUCUGUAGCGGGUGUUUUGUUUGAGUAAAUGAAAAUGUAUAGAACAGAAAAUAAAUAUUUUUAUUGAAAAUGAA